UUGUUUAGGAGCGGUUACAUUUUCCAGCUCGAGUCCACAGCGUUGCUAAACUGGCGGGCAUUGCUUUGGGAAACAGAACGUCUGUGGGAUUAAAAACAAGAUUUUACGUACUAUCUAGGAUUUCUUUGCCUGGCUGGCCGCGUAAUGAAGACAGAAUGCGGUCUUGUCUUUUGAUUUCUUGUUUUCUUACUUAGAAAAGUCACAAUGCUAACUAGCUAGCUAAUGCUAAUGUUGGCUAACUAACAGAUUUCUUAUCUUACACCGCGGUGGAGCGUCUUCUUGCUGUGUUGUCACGUUAAACAGCUCGUAAACAAGAGGUCGGUAAAGUCACAAUGCAGGGGCUGCAAUCUCUUUGGCAAGCGGGCAAAUGCGUGAUAUAAAUGGAAUUGAUCUUUAAGGACCAUUUCAACCAGUAAAAUUACCGGUUUGGUUGUUAUCAAGGGCAUGGAGCAGCGGACACAAACAACAUUUUGGAUGGCGGUGGCUCCGGCCUGGUUGGCAGAUAAGAUCAUCAUCCUUAAUGAUGAUGAUGAUGAAGACGAGGAGAGUCCUCAACCCUCCUGCCCUGCCUCCACCUCAUCUUCUGAUCAUCACACCAAAAAGGUCUCGCCUCUCAAAUCUUUGCAGCCGGUGCCCACACACAUUACAAAGUCACCUUUUGCCUCAGCGAAGAAGGACACUCAUGUUCUCCAGGCAGAGAAUCAGAAGUUGUUCACUGAGUUUGUGGAACACUGCUCAGGUCUCACAAAGGACUGCCCCGAGGUCUUGACGUUCCUCCAAACCAAGCACGCCAAGGCCAGCCCCGACUAUCUGUCGUCCGUGGAGUUCAGGAACACCCUGGGACGAUGUUUGACUCGUGCUCAGAACAACCUCUCUAAAACAUUUGUCUACAUUAAUGAACUGUGCACUGUGCUCAGGCAGCAUGCCACCAAGAGGAGGCAGACCCUCUCCAAGGUUGAGCCAAGUCCAUCUACCUCAACAUCAAGUACUCUGCAGCCUACCUCUGUUACGCUCAAAAGUAAAGACAAGAAUAAAGGUAAGACGGAUGAAGGGGCAGAAGGGCAGGAACUGGCAGCAGAAGAGCAACCUUCCACCUCAGGGCUGCAGGAGGACAAUAGACAGGAUCAAGAGAAAAAAGCAAAAAGAGCAUCCAGGAAACAGAUAGCAUACCUGGAGAACCUGCUGAAGGUGUACAACGAAGAGAUCUGCCGUCUACAGCAGGCUGAGCUGAGUAUAGACGACCUGGCAGCUGAGGACUCUUUAUACAUCCAGGAGCACAAGCUUAAACGCAAGAUGAUGAAAAUAUAUGAAAAGCUGUGUGAACUAAAGGGCUGCAGCACACUAACAGGCCGAGUCAUUGAGCACAGAAUCACCUACGCGGGCACUCGUUAUCCUGAGAUCAACAAGAGGGUCGAGCGUUUCAUCAACAGACCAGAGACACAGACCAAUCCUCCAGACUACCAAGACAUCCUCCAGCAGGUGUUACGUGCCAACGAGCGCCACAGUCUGUGCUUGAGCAGAAAACAGCUGAAUCAGAUCGCCCAGGAGGCCUUCAGAGAGACUGGGAGCCGCAUGCAGGAGCGCCGUCAACUGGACCUGGCGUACAACUUCGGCUCACGCCUCACCGACGACUACAAGGCUGCCAAGGACCCGGCUCUGUCGGACUCUUCACUGCAUCAGAGGCUGCGGUCGAACAGAGAAUUGGCCUUAUCCCGCCUGGAGGAGGUCAUCACCAAGUACGCUGUCAAACAAGAGGACGUAGAGGAGCAAGAAAGGAGCAAACGACUGGAGAAAGAUAGCAAAAACAAAGAGAAGAAUUCAGGAAAGGAGGCAGAAACUAAAGAGGAGAAUGGAGUGGAAGAGGAGGAAGAAGAGGAGGAGGAGGAUGAUGAAGAAGAUGAAUCAUCAGACCCAGACAUAGAAGAAGAGAUCCAGGCCAGCACUCAACAGGAUGGACCAGAUGAUGAUGAGAAUGAGGAAGACAACAGUGUCGAGGCAGAGGGAGCCCGUGAGGACGCUAACAAGGAGGAUCAGACUGAUGAUCAGAUGGGAAGUGUUUCUGCCGGCGAAGAAGAGCCAGUCACAAGUGGACUCAGUCCUGUUUCUGAUGAAACCAAGUCCCAAAUCUCUCCAUUGUCUGACAUCCGCUCCCCUAGAGACAGUCCCAGCCAAUCGGAGCCCAUGAUGACCGAUGAGCAGAGGCCGCUACUGUCUAAUGGUGACCUCGCAACAUUACAGGAGCCUGUGGAUUCCUCCGAUCAUGUUUCAGGCACCAUUAAAGUCACCAAGAACUCUGCAGAUGUCUCGAUAGCAGUCAAUGGAAAGUCUUUACCACCGUCACCAGCAGCUGUAGACAAUUGUGAUACCAACGGCAGGUCGCCGCCGCCGAGCCCCAGAACUACGAGGAGCCAGAAGAGGAAGAGGGAGGAGGUCACAUCAGGGAACACCGCAAAUACUAAGCACAUAAUCAUCCAUGACAGUGAGGGCGAUAUCCCUCUGGACAUGGGUGUGUUUAGCAGCAGUUCUCUGCAGCAGGCGGAGUCCACCCGAGCAGACACUCCAACCCAGGAACUGGUCAGCAGCUCACAGUCGACGCCGCCUCCCAAGAGAAACAAGGUCAACGUUGCGACCCAGUGUGACCCGGAUGAAGUCAUCGUCCUGUCAGACUCAGAGUGACCUUUCAGCUCUGAAGUCUCCCACAAGCACACUUCUCCAAAGAGCAUCCUUCUCCGCUGGCUCGUACGUAAAGGAAAAAGCUGAACGUUUUUCUUCUUUCAGCUCACGUGCUCGUAUACAUACAACUGCAACAGUCCCGUUCAAGUUUUGGCAGAAUGCACAGCAGCCGUUCACAGCUGUGGAAAACCGGGAAGCGGCUUUUGUAAAGGACUUCUAUAAAAUAAUUAUAACCCAACAUUUAUUGGACAGCCAGCUUAAACGGGAAGCUUUGGGAUGUUUUUGUUAUGCCUCUGCUGCGUGCGUCACAGAAUACAGCGUUUACACCAUGCUGGGAAGCAGCCGGCUGACGUUGACCACGACUGUCUUAUCUCACUUCAUGGUGCAGUAGAGACGCCCUCCUCUGACCGCAGAAGCACCAUGAUAAAUAUUUGGCUGAAAAUAUUUCUCCUGGGAUGCUCGUCCUUUAUUUUGAACCCUGAACUAUAGUCGGUGUGUUUUUAGGUGAGAAUCAGUGCCUGACAAUAAGACCCGAGUAGCGGUGCGUACAGUCAGCUUUUGUUUCACACAAACGCGACUGACGAAGGCUCCGUUAGCUCACCGCCAGUCUGUUUACACUUUCAUAUUCCAACUGAGUUUUUUUUCCCCCGCAAAGGACAGGGAACGAAUGGCCUGAUACAGAGUUUUGAGACGACAAUGUUUUAUCUGCUGUUUUAUUUAUGAUGUGUUCUGAGUGAGUGAGCUGUGUGGUGACUUGUACUGCAAGAUGUCUGGACUUAUGCAGUGAUAAUGGGAAAACAUUGACAGUUGGAAAUGUUUCCUUUUAUAUUUCCUCUCCAAGCUGAUUUCUAUUUAAGAUUUAAAAUGAAGGAGGUUAGUUUCUGUGGCUGCUGCAGCCUCACCAAAUAGUUUGAGAUGUUUGACGGAUCAGGCUGACAGUCGUUCAUAUUUUUCUCCUUGUCAACAAACCCAACAACUGGUAAUGAACUAACAAGUGUUGUUUGUGUUAGCGAUGAUUUGUCUUAUUCCUUUUCGUCCACUGACCUUCUUCACCGCAGACAUUUGAAUCGUCACAGCAGAUGGGACGAAUCCCAUUAAUUAGUGUUCCAGUGAGCCAGCAGGCUAAAUACCAAAAAGAUAAAUGGAAUUCAGCCUUUUUUUUUCUUCUUCUGUGUAUCAAAUGUCUUCUGUGAAGGUCAGAUGUUGUCAGAAAUCUAAUGAAAACACAUCAGUGAGCCACAUUGUUGUGCUGACAGACAUGUUUCUUUAUUGUCAUGGACACACUGUAGCUCUCUUUGACACAAUUUCACAAACUCCAUAAAAUUGAACUUAAUCCGGCUCUGAACACCAUCCCACAUAAAUGCAAUACUUACUCCUUUUUGAGUAACGUAAGCUAAAAACCACAGUGCCCAGCCAUUUUAGGAACCAGUGAAAGAUUCUGGUCCUCUUUGGGCUCGGGGCUGGAAGCAGGGUGAGACAGACACCUUUUGGUUAACGCUGAGAAAAACACAGAGUAACAUCAGCCUCAUGUUUUACAGCACAACAAUGUUUCCUCACAACAAAUAGCCAAGGAAGGAAAACUAAAUAUCUCCCUUAACACAUCAUCAACAGCGGUGCGUCUGAUAAAUUCUACCUGUCCCUCUGCCCAGCCCAGAUAACAACAUGAUCUGAAAAGUCCCGUCUUUUAAAGAAUAGUAAAAGAAGCUGAUUCAGCUUUAUUCCGACACUAAAAUGUUUCAGUGUGAAAAAUGUUGCCAUCAGAAUUCAGAUUUCUCCUUCCCUGCUGCGUUUAGCAUUAAGUUUUUCUUUGUUCCUAGCGGUAGUUUUAUUCCAUGUUGGACAGUGUUGCACUGAAUGUCUCCAGCAUCCGAUGAAUGAGAUGUUUUGUGGCUGGUAUGUUCUGUGUCCUUUAUUAAAAUCUUAAGUUAGAAUGGUUCCUGUGUAACAGAGCGCCAGAAUGGUGAUGGAUGUCUGAACCUUUUGGUGUUUUCUAUCUUUUAUCCUGAUAAAAUCCCACGUUUUGCUAUUCCUUUCUGAAAUCCAUUUUUUAAAAUAAAAUUUUACCUCAUAGGUGAAAUAAUAUUUUGGGGUAAAUGCUCUUUUCAGAGUUGCUAAAAUAAAGACUUAGAAUGUAGUUCUCUUUGCUACAGUCUCUUUUAUGCAGAGGAGUGAUCCAUCAUUCACUGUGAAUUUUGUUUUUUCCUUUUUGAUAUUGAAAUAAAUGAUACGUUUUGUUAAAAA